GUGGCAGGGCUUGUUGUCCGACUGCCAAGCUUUGACUGCUAGACCAGACGGAGAGCUGCGGCUCGCUUCACCUUGCGAAGUAUCGAGUGUAGUCUUGGCCACCGAUAUGCGCAAAACCCAGAAACGCGGGGGCGGGCGGAGGUGCAGAGGCCGAGGCGCGGAGGGGUGGAGCGUGGCAGGCAAUGAAUGUGCGGCCGCGACUUGGCGCCUGUUGAAUUAAUUAAUCAUCCUCGCCCCUCGGAUCAUCGUCGCUGCCUCGAUUGUCUUCGUAUUCCAUCAUACCAUAACAGCUCCCCUUUCCUUCAGACGAUCAUCCCGCCGCUCCUUCUCUCCUUUGCAUCUCUCCUCUGGCGUCUUCCAUAUAGGCAUCUGCCAAGAUUGACCUCUCCGCUCGCUCGCUCAGGAACACCCUCGGCCCUCCACACCCCGCCCGCCCACGCGGAUUCGGUCUCACCCUAUCUGACACCGGUCCCGCCCACGUUGCAACACGGACAUAGGAACAGACGGAGCACGUUGAGCUUCCUCGUGCUCGCUUCCGACGGACACAAGACCCUGAUACGAUCCCUACUCUACCCACACACACGCUUGGCUCAGGCAGAGCAAUUUCCUCAUCAUCCCCCGCGCUUUCCGCCAUCGCGUUGCACGAUCGUGGUAUCCGCCUUGCGCGUCACAGUCCCUUGCAGUUCCUCUGUACGGUGCAUUUCCUACGUCUCGGACUGUACCGUAUGCUACCGAUCAGCCCUUCCACCCCCGAACUGCUAGACCCAAUCACAUGAAUCUGGCUGGCAACUGAUAGCGUCGAAGAUCGUCUUAAGGCGCAGACACGGCCGAACCUCAAUGA